CUCGACAAGGUCGCCAGCAAGCACUGUGAUGUGGUGCCGGUCGUCGUGCAGGACUCGCGCUCCGGCGCCGUGCUCAUCUGCGCGUAUGCAAACGAGGCUGCGCUCGAGGCCACCUUCAAGCAGCGCGUGGCCUGCCUCUGGUCAACCUCGCGCAACGAGUUGUGGGUCAAGGGUGCCACGUCUGGCGACACUCUCGACCUCGACGAUGUCUUCAUCAACUGCGAGCAGAACUCGCUCGUCUACAAGGUGACGCCGCGUCGCAAGGGCGCGUGCCAUACCAAGGACCAGUACGGCAACACCCGUGUCAGCUGCUACUACCGCCGCGUGGCGCCGACGGCCAGCGGCUCUCUCCAGCUG